AUGCGAAAAACGCAAAGGUUCACAAAUUUGGUGACGGACGGGGAGAAAUUAAUCGCGUUUGGGAGAUACGGUGCAAGCAACGGCGAGUUUGACAGCGAUGCCUCAGACAUUGAAAUUGAUGCUGAAGGGAAUGUGCUUAUUGCGGACACCGGCAAUCAUCGUGUGGUCAAGUUUAACGCGGACGGGAAGUUUAUAUUGAAAUUUGGGGUAAAGGGACGUGGCGAGGGAGAAUUUGUCAAGCCUAUCGCCGUUGUCGCUUUGGCAACGGGUGAGAUUUUGGUUAAAGAUAAGAGCCAGUUCAAACGGUUUUUGGGAAGUCCACUCGCAAAUUUUUUGGAUGUGGUUUCACCGUCCGGGCAGGGGCUCGCUGAUACUUAUUCAACCGGCACAGGACUUGUCAAUUCGAUCAUUGAUACCACUCGUCCACGCUCUGCCUCUCUUAGCCCAAAUUCGCAGUCGUCAGAUCUGGCUAUCCUACAUCGGCGGAUUCGUCUGCUUGAGGAAGCGGAAUAUCGCCGUUACCUCAACGAAUAUCUCGAUGAAGAAGAUGAGAAAGACGAAAACAAAAAAGAGGAGGCGGAAGAUCUGAAGAUUAAAGGAUUCGUGAGACAAUCUAUCACAACGUCAUUGCGCGUGUACAGCGAUUUAGUAGUAACGGAAAAUAUAAAGGACGUGUGGUUUAUGAAGUGGAUAGACAGAGCGCGGAAGACCAUGAUCUCGCUUUCCUUACCUUAG